UAAUCAAUCAGGUUGCUGCUAGCUAAGCUAUGUAAAUACUGUACAUGAUCUCUGUCAUCAUCCUACCUGCAAAUCAACUGCUUCUCCUCUCUCUCUCUCUUAAUUGCUGCUUCUUCUUCUCUCUCUCUUUUUUUUCCCAUUUAAAGGGCAGAGAUCGAGAGGAGGAGUUGCAGAUUACACUACAGCUUAAUCAGCUCGCUCACUCACUCACUCACUGAAGCAAGCAUUGCAUUCUUCCACAAUUCAUUGCACUCUCUCUCUCUCUCGAGCUAGCUAGCUGCCUAUAGACAAGAAGAAUGGGGUUCCCCGUGGGGGGCUACUCCGGCGUGCCGAGGCUGCUGCUCUACCUCCUCUUCCUGCUCACCCACCUCCGCCGCCUCUCCUCCUGCCUGCUCCGCCUCGCCGGGGCCGACGACGUCCACGACUCGCCCCAGCCCCUCGACGCCGACCACAGCAAUGCCCUCGACGACCACUCCCCCGCGCUGCGCUUCGACGCGCUCCCCCCGCCCCACCCCCACCACGCCACCACCUGCGCCGUCUGCCUCCGCGACUUCCACGCCGCCGCCGAGGUGCGCCGCGCCCACCGCUGCCGCCACGUCUUCCACCGCGCCUGCCUCGACGCCUGGGCCGCCCAAGGCCACCGCACCUGCCCGCUCUGCCGCUCGCCGCUGCUGCCUCCGCCCGUGCUCCUGCCCCUGCCGCUGCCGGCGUCGUAGCCACAGGACCUUCCUAUACAUUCCGACCAACCUCAGGGUGUUUUCUGCAUAAAUAUUGGUUUGCAAAACAGCCAUCCGUCCGUCCACAGAAGAAAUAAGGAAAAGGUUAUGGUCCAUUUCGCAAAAGUCCCUCCCUACGAACAAACUGAAGAGAAGAAGGCCGUCUCUUUGGAAAUCUGUGCUUUGCUUUCUGUUGGGUUUUAUGGAAGAAAGCUCAACUGAAGUGGCAAGCCAAGCAAAGCUAACCACACCACUGAUCUCUUUUUCUGAUGGUGUGUGUUUUGAAGGGAAUUCAAAUGGGUUUUGAAUUCCAAAAGUUUGGAAUGAAUUGGGUUUUUGGGUUUGGUUUGGCUUGGCUCCAUCUAUUUAUUCUCAGGCUGCCUCUCCUCUCCAAACGAACUACUUUGUUCUGAUCUGCAUCAGUGAUGUUCUGCUGUCCAAGAGAGAGAGAGAGAGAUUGAAAAUUCACAGGGAAAGAAAAAAAGAAAAGAAGAUGAUAGGCAAGUUUAGAUCGGGUCGAGUAAAUAUAGAAAAUUUUUGAUACUCCUAUAUGUAUGUGUUUAUGUAUGGUGAGCAAAUUCAUAAGAAGAAUGUUGCUACUGUCCACAGUAUAUUGUAACUAGUCUGUUUGGGGGUGGGGAUAUCCCUGUCUGACUAGUAGCAUUACAUUAAUAAAUUGCUAUUUGCUCUUGGAAUGAAUAAUAUACUCUAAAAAGAGUAUCUCUGAUGA